CAGGAGUCGAACAAUUGUCACAGCAGACGUGUUAAAGACAAUGAGCUGAUUAAAACUGCAAAAUCCCGGCCGUGUGGACAAUCACUGCAGUGGUGCUUGUACAGUGCGGACUGAGCAUUCAGCGAAGACAGCUCCCAAAUGUUCACUGUCUAUGCUGCCACUGAGGCACGGGCAUCACAGAUAGGACCGUGGAAGGUUUGGUUGACUCCCGUAUCGGACAGAUGUCUUAUUCACGACUGAAAAAGGAACCCAAUCUCUGGAAACCCAAAUGGCUUCCUGUAUGAGCAGUGCACGAGAAGAUUUUUACAGAUUUCGUAAUUGCAGACGGAACCUCCGCACCUGGCGCUCCAGGGAGCGUAUAGGUACGAGAACGGGUGGAUGCCUAUGGAAAACCAAGAUAGAAACGGGUGUGGGAGGGAUGGUUUGUAAAAGACUGUUAUUCGUUGGAAUAGUGCUACUUCUACUGCAGAACACGCUUGCUUUCAAUGAUGACUCAUCAAACUAUGAGGCGUCAGGCUCAACAGCAUUAUCUGUGGAUCAAGCGACCCUGGCCACCUCUCCUUAUCAGCUGGCUGGUUUGCUAAUGACCAAUGAAGAUUCUGUCUCAGUCAUCCAGUCAGACCCCACCAGUCUGUCAAAGGGCAACAAAGAGGAGCCAGCAUUCACCUCCAUUCUGAGUGCACUGGCCAGCACAGCUGCAAAACCACAGAGUUCCGCUCUGGAGAGUGCAGGAAGGAUCAAGAGUGAAACAAACCAGUCACAUUCAGAUGGUCCCAUUCACAGAGCAGAGCCGUACAUUAUGUAUCCCUCCUCCGCUACUGCCGAGCACAUUAGCAACCAGUCCUCUGCCUCAGUGGAGUCUGCACUGGAUGACUGGGUUUCUGAGCUGGUGUCCUCUGUGGUUACAGCUAGGGAGACCGGGCUACAUUCAAAAGGGAGUGGCUCUCAUGUAUCUCCCUCCAAAAUGAGAAUUACUACAUUACCCUACAAAAACUUGAAUGUAUCUACUCAAAUAGAACCCGCUAGCCAGGAUCUAGUAGCUAGCAGUGUCCCUCAGCUCACCACUGUCACCACUACAACUGUUGCAACAGCAACUAUUACAACCACUACUCACUCUCCAGUGACCACAACCUCCCAGCUGACUAGCUCAACUCAAAUAAACAGCCCUAGACUUAUUACCACUACCAUUACAACAACCGCAGCAAAACUUAAGGUUGUGAAGACGAAGCCACCUGGCCUGUCCCCUGCAUGGGCUGCUGCCACCCAGCCUGCAAGGGCCACUCCAGCCCGAGGCUUUGCAGGUGCCCAUCCCACAACGACCACCACUACCACCACUCGAUCCCUACUCGUCUGCAACAUCACUGACAGAAUGUGGGUUAAGAUAGUUUUGUCCAUUCACUCACGGAGGUACCGACUGGACAGCAUUCUGAAACAGAACCUUCUGAGGGCCCUCACACUAGCGACGGGGAAGGCUCUGAACAGCCGUGACGUCCAUGUACAGAUCGAACGUCUGUCUAUGGCAGCCAACAUGACUGUGGGUUACUAUGUGACUCAUGGGGAUAAAGUUUAUACUCCCUCAGUGGUAGUGGAGGCUCUGAAUGCCUAUGGCCUCGAGAGACUGAUAGCAGAUAUCCGGCAGUUUGUGCCCCAGGUACAGGCAGUGCCCAUCCCAGCAGACCACUGGAGACCCAGACCUGCCAUUUCACAGAUGCUGAAGACAGUCCUGAGGUUUGUAGGGACAGGAGAUGACGUGCGUUCCUGCAGCUUUGCUCAGAUGAUGGAGCAGAGGCUGCAGAACGCUUUCACUGAGGCUGAGGUCAAAGUGCUGAGUUCUCACAGCAAGCUAACUGUACAGAUCCUGACUGUGACACAGUCAGCUGGCUCUCCUGAUGUCUCCCUGAUAUAUGUUGUGCAUAAUGGAUCUGUGGCACUCAAUGGCACAGAGGCCAGUAUCCUCCUGAGCCAUCUGACUGCUGAACUUGUGGGCUACUUUCUUUUUUACCCACCUCUUAUCACUGCCGAGCCUUUGGAGUACCAUAACCUCAACACCUCCACUGCAACCAAGACUUUCUGGGUGAUCACAGUGAUACAGGAUGUGGAGGAUGCCUCCCUGGAGAGUCAGUAUCAGAGCUUUGCCAGUAUGAUGGAGCAGCGUCUGGCUGAGCUUUUUGUGGUGGCCCAUCAGCAGGGUGCCCGCUUCAGACGUGCCACCACCGUGGGCAGCUAUACUGUCCAGAUGGUGGGUAUGAGGCGAGUGGCAGGGCCAAAGAACCCCAUCGAGCUGACCUACUAUGCUCAGCACGAUGGCGCACCUCUCCCUGGCACAUCUGCAGCCAAAAUCCUGAACACAGUGGACUCCCAAACCAUGGCGCUCACACUGGGUUACUUUGUCCAACUACAAGCUGAACAACACAUCUUUUUUCAUCAUGCAGCUGUGGUGAAAAACCCUUCCAACAACCUCUGGAUCAUCGCUGCUGUUUUGGCUCCUAUUGGUGUCGUGACUAUCAUCAUCAUCAUCAUCACUGCUGUUCUGUGUCGCAAAAAUAAGAGUGAUUUCAAGACUGAUGCCAUUGGCAACCUGAAUCCCCGGGUCAAGACUGCUUACCGGAGAGACGUUGGUUAUUAUCAUCAGCCUGUUCAGGGGUUUGACUAUGCCAAGCAGCACUUGGGCCAGCAGGGCGGCGAUGAGGAGACCCUGCCUGUUAAACAGGAGACCAUGGUGCUGCCGCUCCCCAUCCGGGAUGCCUCCCUCUCCCUGGACAAGGUCAUCCACCCAGAUGGCUCAAACUCCAAAAAGACCCUGACCAGUGAAAUCAGGAAAAGCAGGUUGCCGAGCGAGGAAGGUUCCGUCAUCAGCAGCGAAUCGGUGAAGGGCAUCUCAGGCCGAGGCUCGGUGGCACAGAAAGUGACAGCGCAGCAGAAACUCGCAAAGGAGGAGAGUGGCAAACGCAGCGAUCCUUAUGACACUUCUUCAGGAUCACUCCAGCUCAUCUCCAUAAAAACGAUGGCAGCACCACCUACAUAUAUCCACCAAGCGUCUUCUGACCAGAGCCAGGACUCCGCUAACCUCAGUGGAGAGGUGAGCUUGGCUCUGAAGCAGAAGUCGGACAUCGAGCACUAUAGGAACAAGCUGAGGCUGAAGGCAAAGAGGAAAGGUUACUAUGACUUCCCAUCAGCUGAGGGGGGUGGAAGCUCCAAGGCACUGAGUGAGAGAGCCAGACACGGGCCAGACAGGGCCGGCCGGCCCCCUGGCCCCACUGCACACACGCCUGGCCGAGCUCCGGAUGACUAUGACGACAGGAGCUCCACGUACGUCAAGUCUCACAGGAGGCACUCUCAGGCGACAUCCCCUGCAUAUCGCAGUAGACAGUCCCUGAACAGCCCCAGCCCAGGUGGAACUGAGAUGGACCUGCUGGUCAUGAGAGAGAGACCCAGGAAGGGCAUCCGCAACAGCGGUUAUGAUACGGAGCCGGAGCUCAUCGAAGAGACAGACGUGGACCGACUGGCAGCUCGCCGCCACUAUGGCUACGGGCGUCAGGUCAAAGGUCACUCUGAGACAUCCACACUGAGCUCACAACCCUCCAUCGAUGAAGUCCGUCAGCAGAUGCACCUGCUUUUGGAAGAGGCCUUCAGCCUUGCGUCAGCAGGCCGCUCCACGGUGGGCAGGCGACGCCAGUACCACCCUCACCACCACCCCUACCAUCACCACCAGCAGCUGGGCCCAUACAGCCCUGGACCCCCAAUUCCCUACUCUGAGGUUGUGACCAGUGCCCCUGGGACCAUGAGUCGAGGCCGAGGAGGCCUGCAGUGGGUACCUGCAUACGGGCAGGACCUCUAUCAGUGCAGCCUCACUAAACCAACUUUCAGAUUCACCCAACUGCCUGAGAUGGCCUUGGGCUCUCCUCCACCCAUACCCCCCAGGACAGGCCCCCCUCCUGGGAGCUCCCUGCGAAGGUCCUCAUCUGAUCUGGGUGCAAAGGUUCGCAGUUCUGAAUCAUCAGUUCAAGACGUACAGAGUCAGCAUGAGAGCAACCCCUAUGUACCAGUCAGCAGACCACCGCUCCCACCUGUCACCUCAGAGUCUGCACCCAAUCACUCAGGAAACCCCAUGACGGCUGUGUAUGCCAUCCCAGCCAGCAGGCCAGGAUACACGGGCUAUUUCAUUUCAACACCCCCUUCAUCCUACCACAGCCCGUCCUGGAUGUCUUACCCCCCUGAGCCAGAGGAUGUGCCGUCCCAGUGGGCUGACUCUGUGCCCUUGCCAGGCUAUGCAGAAGCUUUCCCACACCCGCAUUAUCCUCAAGGAAGCCCACUCCUCUGGAAGCACAGCCAGGCCAUAUCUCCUCAGGGGCGACUAGAGCAGCCGCCCUCUGCCGCCACCUCCCAGCAGAGCCUGGCUGAACCUAGAGACCUGAUCAGCCCUGACACCCCCCUCAGCAGCCUCUCCACCUCUGCUCUGGUAAAGGCCAUCCGGGACGAGGUGGCCAAGCUCGCGAAGAAGCAAGCUGACAUGUUUGAGUUCCAGGUCUAGAGCUCCCUCUGGUGAUUUGAUGGGCAAACUGCACACUUAUGUGUUAUUAGGAAUCCAGGACUUUGGUUCUGCCUUGAAAUGUCAGCAUUUAUGACUUUUGUACAGACAAGAUCUCCUGUGCUCUUGCAUUCUACUGGACAUUUUUAUUCCUGCAACUGAAAGAUUUAUGUGUUUUAUGAAAAGCCUGCCUGUUGUUUAUAAAGCUGUGUUUCCCUCUUUUUUCACUGUCAUUCUAGUUUAACAUCAAAAUAAACUGCUGAAGAAAAUUUGGUCACAACAUCCACAUCAACAGCGAUAUCGUGAUCAGUUAUAAAAAUCCCAAACUAAUGAGAAUGAUGGAUUAUAACUAACAGUACAAUAAGAAUAAUAAAAAAACAUAAUUUCCUCUAAACAUUCAAGUUUCCAUGCUUCCAGUAUUAAUGACUCCAUAACACAGUCAUUCCAUCACUGCAGAUUUGUUGAGUGAUGCCAUUAAUAUUGUAAAAGCAGGACAUCUUUUCUCUUUAGAUAUAUUACUUUUCAAACCUUACUUUCUAGUUGGGGGGCAUGAUUUGUGCAAAAUAAAAUGUUUUUAUGAUAAGGUUCAACCAGUGCAAUACUCAGUGGAUAUCUAGAAUAAAAUGAACAAGCAAAUAAAUAAUUAAAAAACAACAACAAAUCAAUGAACAAUUUCCUAUGUCAUUUAUGGGAAAUGUUUUUAAACCCUGAUGGAACACAGUUAAACCAGUUAAAAUCAUUUACAAAUGUCAGUAGACUUUUUCAAAACACAUAUUUUGUGCUCAUUACCUAGUGAAUGAGUUGUUAGUUAGGCAUAAGGGCUUUCUUUUAAUAUUCUAUACUGUAUGUACAAUAAAGUAGGCUUUUAUGUUUGGUCUACAUAUUACAAUUUUGUUGAAAAAUUCUUAUCAUUAGUAUUCCUUCAGCAGUUUUCAAUGUGUUCUAGAACUCCACAGAAAUGUACUCUAACUUUUGGUAGUACUGUAAAAAAGCACUUUAUUUCCAGUCAAAGUCAGAAAGAUAUCAAUCUAACGCAAGACUAAUGAUGAACAUUGCUAUUAUUACCGGCCAAUGAAAAUUCAAAGUUUUGUUGGCAAAAGUUUAUGACAGUGUCUAUGUGCAACAAUCUGCGUAUAUCAUGAAAUGGUAAACUUAAGUAUGCUAUCUAUUUUAGAUGUUUUUUUAUGUGUAUGCUGACUGAAGUGGACUCACUAAUGGGCACCUUUAACAAUGUAACAUUAGUGUUAAAUUUAGUAUUUAGUUGUUGCAAGUCAUUGAUCUUCCAUAUUUGCUUUGAACAUUUGUUAUUAUUUGCUUCAUCACGUUUUACAUUAUUCCACAUAAGAACCGAAGCUGAACAGAGCUGUACCGAAGGCAUGAUUGAUAGUCCUCACAGUGGAGCUAGACAGACGGUGUGAUUGCCCUCACAGUGGAUCUGGACAGAAGUCAUGAUUGUCCUCACAGUGAAGCUGGACAGAAGGCAUGAUUGUAUGUACUCACAGUGGAGCUGGACAGAAGGCAUGAUUGUCCUCACAGUUGACCUGGACAGAAGGUGUGAUUGAUAGGCCUCACCUUGGAGCUGGACAGAAGGCGUGAUUUAUAGUCUUUACAGUGGAGCUAGACAGAAGGCGUCCUCAGAGUGGGCCUGCCUUUCUUUUCUGUCACCCCUCUCUUACACCACCUGUCUUUUUUUGUUUGUUUUUACAUGUUUCCUUAUCAACAACACAUCUUGAAAUUAAUGUGGAAACCAUAAAGGUCUUUUUAAUAUAAACAUUGGUGUUAACCCCCCAGAAAAAAAAUAAAUAAAAAAAAUUACUUAAUGCAUUAAUCCUUACACUGGCAGUUCAUAUAUAAAUACUACAUCGUUUCCAACUUUUAAGAGUUUCAGGGCCAGACUAUUAGCUACAGGCAAUUUGACUACCCAACCAAGUUAGUGGGAGCACUUGUAACGUAAAUGUCUGGUACCCAGCCUGCAUUUAAAUGCUUCAGUUUUGCAUAUGCAACUGAUAAUUUGCAAAUAGAUGUCCUCAUUAUUACUGAUGGAAAUGGAUUUUUUUUUUUUUUGCAGGUAAGAAUCUGUGUGUAAUGAACCUAUCACACCACUGACUGACAACCUAAAUAAAAAUCUAAUAAAAUCACUGACAAAGAUA